AACCUGUUAUUAAAUAUUGAUAAAAAUUACCAAUUGCAAGAAAACUAUCAUUCCUUUUUUAAUGAUGAUAAUGAAGAUAAACUAAGUGAUUUAAUAGAUUAUGAUAGUUUAAUUGAAGAAACGUGCCUUCUAGAUUUUGAACCUGACGAAAUAACUUUUGAUCUUGAAUCAUAA